AUGAUGAUGAGAGAUGCUGUUGCCCAUGCCCUGAUUGAGGACUUGGCGGCUGGCAAGCUUGUUGAAAAAUCUGAGUUUCAGCUGACAGAAGAGCAAAAGAAUGUCAGGAUUCCUGGCUAUCUGAUCUAUCUGGCUGGUUUGAUUGCCAAGCCAUCAUCUCCGUCUGGUAACACAUACACAACAGAUGAUGCAGGUGUGGCAAUAUCAUUGACAACGCGAGACAAUGAACAGUUUGAAUCUUUACAAAAGACCUUUGCUAAUUUCAAUAAGAAUGAAAUGCCCAUAUUUCGUCUCAGUCCAAGGCUCUGUCCAACAGAAGAUCAGCUCACUUCGAUUCAGACAGACUUUGAACGAAAAAAACAAGAGCUCGAGAAGAAUGCAAGCAAGGCUGCCGAAGACUUGUUGUCAGCGGAAAUCCUAAACAAUCGGAAUGAGGAUACAAAACCUAUUGAUGCUAAUGUGAAGAGCAAAACGAAGAAGAAGAAAAAGAAGACAACCAACACUUCCAAUUCGAUAAAAAAUGCAGUCGCAGAUUCGAAUUCUCAUGAAGGGAACCUUCCUCCUCCGACCUCAGCGCAAGAUCAAUCUACAUCUACGUCUGCAGCGACCUUGGAGCAAAUUCUAUCGCAAAUUCAAACUGAAACGACAUCGUCCGUGAUCGAAGAAGAUGCUGAUCCAUCAUCAUGGAUUCCAGUAUCCACCAAGAGCAAAGAAUACAAGAAGAUUGGUAACCGACAAAAUGAACACAAUAGUGCCAAGGUGGAACCCCCCAGCCGCAAGAAUGGCGAGAUAGAUCAGUUGGAUACCUCACAUCAAGCAGUGGACGUCACUAAUGAUUCAGAUGGUGCCGAAACGCCUCCGCUCGGCACCAAGGGCCUGUCGGACACAUCUUCAAUGGAGGAUCAAUUCUCGUCUACUAAUAAGCAGGAUACACUUGCGACCAAAACAGCAACGAAUACCGGUGAAGUACGAAGGGUGAAGAACGAAACAGGUGUUUUGGAUAUAGCUGAAUCAGCCUCAUUCUCAACUUCCAUUGAAGCACUACAAGAAAGGAUCCGAUUGUUGGAACAGGCUGUAAAGGCAAAAGAUGGAGAGCUCAAACAAGAGAAGCAAGCAAAUAUCAAGGCUCUUUGCCAGAAACAGCAGCAGUUUGAUGAUCAAGUUCAAGCACUUCAACUACGACUUUAUAUUAGCGAGACUCGACUCAAGACCUUCGAAGAAGCACUGGAACAACAUGUUCAAGCGGUUGCUAGCAACGUGUCAACAUCAAUCGAAUGUACUAGCGAUACUAGCGGAAGAAGCAUUCUUCAUCAAUAUUCAUCACGGAAGGAAUGGCCCAUAAGGGCUUCGAAGAGCAAUCAAACAAAGGACAAGGACUCACCAUCACCACUCAUAUCGAGACUACUAAGCCGUCAGAGUAAAAUGAGCGAUGAUGUGCCGUCAACCGGAUCAUGA